GGCAGUCACAAUGUAAAUGUAUUUGCUUAAUGAUACACAUAAUCUUUCACCUGUUUAUCCAUUUUCCCAUAUUUGCUUCCAUGUUGCUGUGAGGAUUGGUUCAUCUGUGAUGGCGUGCAGUCGGUGUUCCAAAUCAUCUCACAGAGACUGAGGUCCGGGCUCCGUGCAGACCACUUGAGUGCUCCUGAAUCAACCUCGGCUUUGCAAAGAGGAAAGAAUUGUUAAAGAUUCAUUUGAAAGACACCCCACCUAUCUCUACAUUUGUAAGCUUAUCAACUCAUGGGAACAAAAUUUUGUUCAAAAUACACCAUCUUUGUCCUCGUAUGCAUCUGUGUGCAUGGGCACAGGGAAGGAUGCCCUCCCCAAUCAGAGAAUCAUGCUCUCUGACUCCCUCUGACAGAUUUCUAAAUCAUUUGACCCGAAGCACAUCUGCUCACACAAAGCCAGGACAAGGACCUGCAGCUGGAUCACAAAGGAAACAGCAGGAAACCAUCCCAGAUCUUUGGCACUAUGGCUGAGAGGCAGGACUACUUGGAGGAUGGAAGCCCUCUCAUCAAGGCGGCCGAGUUGGGCAAGAUGCGUCUGGUUCGGUUGCUGGUGGAAGGUGGCGCCCAAGUCAACGAGCGCAAUCAACGGGGCGAGACGCCUCUUCUAGCCACGUGCCGAGCACUGAGGGCCGACCAGUCAGGAAACUCUACCUCACUGAGGCUCAUCCGCUUCCUUCUUCAGCACCACGCGGAUCCUAACGCUCAGGACAAGUCUGGACGUACGCCCCUCAUGUACGCUUGUAUGGAGCAUGCCGGAGCCGAGGUAGCUACAGCCCUGAUUUCUGCUGGAGCUGACCCUAGCAUUGAGGACUAUUCUGGAGGUUCUGCGCUGGUCUACAGCAUCAACGCCCGUGACCAGGAUACUAUCCGCGUGCUGCUUGAUGCUUGCAGGGCUAAGGGACGUGACAUCAUCAUCAUCUCCACAGAUCUGAGCACAGGUGGUGCCACCGUUAGCCGACGCUAUCUAAACGUGCCUCCAUCACCCGACACCUCGCCUGUCACCUGCAUGUCCCCUUCCGAUAUCGAGCUCAAGACAGGCUCACCAAACUCUGAGACUGAGGCAGAGGGAAUCUUCAAUUUCAGAGCAUCGGGGAGGAAGGGGAGCAGAGCGGCUUCUCCUCUGCUUCUAGAGCCAGAGGCGUCGGACCGCCAACGGCUAAAUUCUGAACCCUGGCUAGCCAUCCACAACUUGGCACACCUUAAUCGCACCUAUGAAGAAAGGAUUACGAAGGGAGCUGUACAGGAAGAAGAGGAUAAAGAAGUGAAGCACAGCCAUUGGCAAGUGGAUCAGAGUAGCUCCUCUAAAGCUGCUAACCUCAAACCUGGUAGAGCGUUUUGCAGGAACCACGCAGAGAACUAUGCUCCACCAACUCCAGCACAUUUACACAAUCGACGCAACACUCUCCCCUCUCUGCCGGGACAGAAUUUACUCCAGCUUCCCACCUUAUCACUCAAUCUCUCCAGCUCAGAAACACACCUACACGACCAGCCCAGCACUAUAACACUACCACCAGUUCCUACCAACAGGAACCUCCAGCAUUGCCCUAACAACGCUAGCUCCCGCUCUCUGGCAGCUCCGACAGCUCAGUGCGGAUUUAACACCAUGAGAAAAUGGAAACCACAGGAGCAGUUAAGUUUCAAACCCCAGGCACGUCAUACUACCUUCCUGCCUCCUCUCACAGUCAGCUCCGCUGCUAACACAUCCACCCGUUCCUGUGGUGACGAGGCAAGUGCUGCUCCAAAAGCUGAAGAGACCCAAGGCCACAGACAGGAAGGCGCAAAGGGUCGGAGACCUCCACGUCGCCACUCCAUUCAGCUGGAGCAGAUGAGACAGGAAAGUGGUACUGACGAGAUCCUUUUUGUCUUGUGACAUGCAAAAAAACCGACCGCAAGUAAAACUGAAGCAAGUACGCUGAUGAACAGACAAGCACACAACACACACAUUGGGUCAUUAUUACUAUAAUUAAGACGUGAUAUAAAUGGACAUCAAAUAUAUGUUGUUUAGGAUGUGUUUAAUGAUACAGAACUGCUCCUUUAAGUUUAUUUUCAAAGAUGUGUGGGAAAGUCUGUACACCCUUAGGAAAAACAAAAAAAAAUUAUUU